GCAAAAUGGCUGCCUCCAUGACUGGGCAUGGGAUGUCAAAACAAUCCGUGUUAAAACAAAGUUUGACAAAUGUCUUGAUAUGUGUGAUUCUUUUAUCAAUUGUAUACAUCCCUGCUAAUUCAAAGGGGCCCCUGGAUUUGAUACAAAAUGCCUUGCCGCUGACAUUAGUUUAUUGUGGAAUAAUUACAGUGAGCGAACUGUUGUUUUGGCUUGUGACAAAGCAGAGCAAACAUUUCAAGAUCCUCCAUGCAGUUCAGGGGGCGGGGUUGUUCAUGUCCAGUGUGCUCCUCUUCCAUGCUGUAGCCGUCUUGUAUGGAGCACCAUUCACGGAGGCAACAGCUGAGACAUUCCACUUUGCCCUAUUGUUGUCCUCAACAUCUGUACUGCCAGCAUGUGUGUUCCUUGGCCCACAUCUCAACACAUGGAUCAGGGUGUUCGCCCACACCAACCCUGAUCUAGGGAAGGAGUCAGUGGUCUUCAUCACCUCCAUAUCUAGUGUGGUUGGGGCGUGGCUGGGGGCGUUUCCAAUCCCCCUGGACUGGGACAGGCCCUGGCAGGUAUGGCCCAUCAGCUGUGUGAUGGGGACUCUGAUAGGCUACUGUGUCGGUCUGAUUGUGUCAGCUGGCCAUCUCUACUACAAGUACACAGUCUUCAACAAGUACAAGCUCACGUAGCCAGCAAUUCAGCAGGAUCAUGUCAGUGGGUGAUGUGUCCUACUGGCCUGUGUCUUACUAGCCUGUGUCCACAAAGCGAUCAUAGUGCUAAGAUGAUUGUAACUCCCAUACAUUAACAUAGGUUUAUGACAGUCCUAGCGCUAAGGUCUCUUUGUGAAAUGCAGGGUGAUGGGGUAGCCUAGUGGUUAAAGUGUCCACUCGUCACACCGAAGAUCCGGGUUCCAGGCCCCACAUGGGUACAAUGUGUGAAGCCCAUUUCUGGUGUCCCCGCGACGUGAUAUUGGCGGUUUGUAAAUAAUCGAAUCUGGACCAGACAAUGCAGUGAUCAACAGCAUGAGCAUCGAUCUAUGCAUUUGGGAUAUGACGGCAUGUGUCAACUACCGGUAAGUCAGAGAGCCUGACCACCCGAUCCCAUAAGUCGCCUCUUAUGACAAGCAUGGGUUGCUGAAGACCAAUUCUAACCUGGAUCUUCACAAGUCCCUUUCGU